AUGCCGGCCCCAUCACUGCUUCACCUGGCCACAGCCACGGCUAUCCGCUUCGUCAAAGACCUAGAUGAUCUGGGCGCCAUGCCAUACUCACUUGCCCGUCCUAUCUUGCUUAAUAUCCAUAACCCCGAAAAGCUGCAUGCCAUGGAGCUUGCAUCCCCCCACCUCGCCGAAGAAGACGAAGAACUGUGGCUUGAGCUCAUUAAACGGGACAUUCCCGAGUGGGAAAAGUACCACCUCCCGGAUAGUACCAACAACUGGUACGGGGUGUACUGUGAUCUCCUCGACCAAGUCCAACGUUCUCUUGACGCCGAUGCGGAGAGAAUGAAGAUGGCAAUUGACGGCAUCAGUGCCAAGCGUGCACUCCUCACCCCCAAGCUCAUCCCCGAGGGCAAGGGCUUGCGCAUGGCCGGAUCCCGACCAUCCGUGCGACAACGUCAUGCUACAUAUGAUCGCAGGAUGGUUGGCGGUGCUGAAAAGAAGCCCAGCAUCUUCCAGCCACAGAAGCGCAACACCGCGCUGACGAUGCCUACCAAGUCUCUCAACAACCGUGCGUCGCAAGUCAAGCGCGCACCGAUCGGCUUGGUCGAAGAACACCGCCGUCCCGCCGAGCAGCCAGCACCACAGCCGGCAUCAAAGCCGCAACCACUUCCUCCACGCAUCAGCCGGCGCCCUGGCAUGCUCCCACCCUCGCUCCAGCACCCCAUGUUGGCCAAGAAUGAGGCGCGACUACGCGCACUUACUUCCACCGCCUCCGCUGCCUCACCCCGUGGCGCAUCCAGCAGCGAUGCGUCUGGCGUAAAGAAGUCACCUGCUGUGGCCACAGCGCCCAAUCUGAAGCGCCGUGCGACCUCACCCCCUCAUGUUGAUAUGGGCUCUGUUUGUCCAAUGCGAGGGACAUGGACCUACAAAAAACUGGAAAUGGAUACCUGCAUGCUUCAACUUUCCCAAGCUUUGACUGUCCCGGAAAGUGCAACCGAGGCUGCUGGUCAGAUCUCCAAGUUUGUCGUGGACUGA